AUGAACUCAAAUUCAGAUAUUGAUUUUGUGAAUGGGAAUUUUAAAGAAUCGUUGGACUCACUGGUAAAUAGCAGUUUUGGCGAGCUAUCGAAGUCGAUACGAAAAGACUCGCGAAGUGUGAGGAACCGCAUUCAGUCUAUUCUACAAGAUUCAAAUUAUGUCCAACUGGUAGCAGCUUCAUACAAUUUACCACUGGUAGCGAAUGAAAGAUGUGGACGUUGGUAUAUACCUCCUGAGAAAAUCAAAGAGUCUGUCUAUUUCAAAAGCACCGACGGUCAUACUGGUCAAUGGGGAUUUAGCACCCGACGUCUUAAUACUCAUAUUCUUGAUCUUAUUUUGGCUAAUAAUGGGUGA